GUGGCGCUGGUUGUAAGAGCAUCCAUUUUGCACCCGCUCAAGGCUGCGGCAGCCUGUGUCAGACGAUGCCAGCAUGCCACGUCUAAAACUUCUGUACCGCACUCCAGCCUGCCUGUCACUCCCCCCAGUCUGAACACUGGUCGGCCGCCCUUGAUAGUAAUCGGCAAAGCACUGAGAGUUAGUAUGAGUUAUCCUGGCGGAAACUACGGCUACGGGCAGGCUCCAUACCCACCUGCACCGGGAGGUUCCCCUUACCCACCUGCACCGGGAGGUUCUCCUUACCCACCUGCCCCAGGGGGUUCUCCUUACCCACCUGCCCCAGGGGGCUCCCCUUACCCUCCAGCCCCAGGUGGCUCCCCUUACCCUCCGGCCCCAGGUGGGUCACCAUACCCUCCAGCCCCAGGUGGCUCCCCUUAUCCUCCAGCCCCAGGUGGGUCACCAUACCCCCCAGCCCCUGGAGGCUCCCCAUACCCUCCUGCUCCAGGGGGCUCACCAUACCCUCCUGCAGGAGGGUCGCCUUACCCUCCCGCCCCAGGGGGCUCGCCAUAUCCCCCUGCCCCAGGGGGCUCACCAUACCCCCCUGCCCCAGGGAGCUCCCCAUAUCCUGAAGCUGGUAGGACUUCCCCAUACCCCCCUUCAACAUCUCCUUACCCGCCGGCAUCAGGAGGAUCCCCUUACCCGGGGGCAUCGCCCUACCCUCCGGCUUCUGGAAGCCCAUACCCACCUGCUGGAGGAUACCCUGGACAACCUGCUGUCCAGAGCUACGCACCCCAGACCAGCACCAUGUACUCAAAUCUAGGAUCCAGCGCCCCGGGUGCAGGAUACCCAGGGACAACUGCUGGCGGUUACGGAGCUUCUCCCGGAUACCCAGGGGUAGGUAGAGGUACUCCUGUAGGGUAUCGUCCUGGAGGGAUGAUCAACUCGUAUACAGAGAUGCCAACGGUGAAGCCCCAGGCUCACUUCGAUCCCAGCAGUGAUGCUGCUGUCCUGAGGAAGGCCAUGAAGGGCCUGGGAACUGACGAGGCUGCUAUCAUCAAUGUUCUGUCCCACAGGACAUGCCACGAACGCCAGCAGAUCUUGGUGAAAUACCAGCAGGCUUAUGGCAGGGAGGAACCAGAAGAUACCAAGAAAGCUCUCUCAGGGGAUCUGGUGAAGGAUCUCAAAAGUGAACUGAGUGGCAAAUUUGAGGAUGCUGUGGUAGCACUUAUGACUCCUCUGCCUUUGUUCUUGGCUAGGGAAUUGCACAAUGCCAUCUCAGGCAUUGGCACCAAUGAGAGGACCUUAGUUGAGAUCCUUUGCACCCGAGACAAUGCUUCUCUAAGGAUGAUAAAAGAUGCUUACUACCAAGAAUACCGCAAGAAGGUGGAAGACGACCUCCACGGAGACACUUCAGGCGACUUCCGCAGGCUUUUAAUUUCCAUGUGUGCUUGUGCCAGAGAUGAAGGGAAUUGUGAUCCAGCAUUGGCAAAUAGCUUAGCUCAACAGUUAUACAAAGCUGGUGAAGGUAAACUCGGCACUGAUGAGGCAGAAUUCAACAGAAUAUUAUCUUCAUAUUCUUAUCCCUUGCUACGUUGUGUAUUUGAGGAGUAUAAGAAGAUUAAAGGAAAACCAUUUUUAGAUGCAAUAAAGUCAGAACUCUCAGGAGAUUUGCAGCUUGGAAUGGUAACCCUGUAUCACACCAUAGACAACAAAGCUGCCUACUUUGCAAAAGAGCUGCGUGACUCCAUGGCUGGCAUGGGCACCAAUGAUCGUGCUCUCAUCCGUCUCGUUGUUUCCCGCUGCGAGAUCGACAUGGUCAACAUCAAACAGGAGUACCAUAAGCUAUACAACAAGUCUUUGGAAAAUGACAUAAAGGGCGACACCUCAGGAGAUUACAAGAAAAUGCUACUUGCGCUCAUUGAAGGCUAAUAAAGUACUUAUUGUAAUCUUUUUUUCCUUUACCUUCCUUGCCCUACAAAAUCUUAAUAGUGUCCACUCUCUUUUUUUGUUUUGUUACCUCAGAGUGAUGUUUCCGGAGACUUCAAGAACAUCCUCAUUGGCAUGGUUGAAAACUAGGCACACCAAGGCCACUCUUGAGAAGCAAACUCAUAUUGAUGUGGAUUAUAAAACAGAACUCUUAUUUUUAAACUUUGAAUACCUUCCAGUGUACAGUACAUUACUUUUCAUGUUACUUUAGGCUUUUUUUUUUUUUUUUUACACACUUCACUAAGUGAUCAUGACCAAUUUUCAUUCUCAUGAGCAACAUAAAAUUUAGUAGUAGUGCCAAAGGAUUUUGCAUAUAUUUUUUGUCUUUGGAAAAUAAUUUGCCCAUAUAGCCUUUUUAUAAAGAAAGUCAUUAUCUUGAAAAUUUGUUUUAGAAGAAUUGUUUCCUAACAUAGAGUAAUACCAUUUAUAUGUAGCCUGUGGAAUACAAUGUAUAGUAGUUAGAGUUGAGCACUGAGGUUUCAGACAACAGAGCUCUGAAGUAAUGUUUACCCUCAUAAUGUUUAUUAACUAUACUAAAGGUCAUGUAUAUCUAAGCCUUCCUAUGCACCAAGACACACCUGAACCUCAAUUUUCAUGAUUGUGUUUCUAAAAAUAAAAAAUUGUACCUAACAUUUACAUCUUUUACUUAGCAACUAAUGCCUGUAACAAAACGGUAUAAUACUUGUGUUGUUUGCUUUAUAUUCCUUUGUUGUCAACAUUUUGAAUUUUUUUUUAACAUCAAUAUAGUGUCAUUUUUUAUAUUCAUUUUUUAUAUGACUGAUGAUAGUGUUAGGUUCCUUAUCAUAAAAAUUACCUUUUGUAUAGGUGUAAGAGAGGAUAAAUAUACAGUAUAGUCCAAAAA